AUGACGCCUCAUGACCCCAACCGCGUCGCUAGCAUCAUGCUGUCAUGGCACUCGCUCGAACUCGUCUCAUGCACCAGGCUACAAACCCUAUGGGCCGGCUACGGCCAAAUAUGCGCUAUCACAGCGCGAGCCACUACCACCAAAGCAGCCGAACAUGUCAGCAAGCUGUGCGGGGUAGAACCAGGCGUCGCAGGGACAGCGUAUCCCCUCAUCCUGAAGCUCAUCUCACCGCCCCGAAAAAGCGGCAGCACUGCAGAUGAGGGCCACCUACGAAAGAUGCUGAGCUACGAGGUAGAGCAGUACUUCUAUAGCCAAGUAGUACCGCAGCUGGGCUCCGACACAGCCAUAGCCAGAUGCGUUGCCUCGACGCGCGACAUGGACGACGCGGCAGACUCAUCGGAACUAAAAGGUCUUAUGGCUACGAUCAUGGUCGAUCUGCGUCCUGAAUUCCCCGUCGCGGGGGAGAAGAGGGGUGCAUUGAAUCGCACACAGGUGCGCGCGGCGCUAGACUGGCUAGCUGGGUUCCACAGUCGCUCACGGGGAUUGCUGCUAGCUAGUCUUGACGGAUAUGUCCUGCCACCGCUGGAAGAAAGCAGUAGAAGACAGAGUGCAGACAAGGAUAUUUGCAGCGGGCUGUGGCUGAAUGGGGGAUAUACGUACCUCGCGACACGAGGUAAAGAGUACGCAUCCCUUGCGCAGGACACGGACUCUGAGUGGUCAGAUGCCCUAUGCGGGGUUUCAGAAGGGUGCUCACUAUCCGCGGCGGAGAUGGUUGCGUUGUUCUUGACGCCGUGUGGAAGGGCGAUUGAGUCAUAUAUCCAUGGCGAUGUCAAGUCGGAAAAUCUCUUCACGACAACUAACGGAGACAAGGUGGCAUUCUUUGAUUUCCAGUACGUCGGGCUUGGUCUGGGAGUCUGUGACCUUGCCAAAUUGUUUACCUGCUCGGUUCCGCUGCAUAUGCUGGUUGAUGGCAAUGGGAGUUUGCCCGAAAAGCUGUCGAUGUGUGAUGGUGAGAGGGGACUGCUAGAGCGGUAUCGUAUGAGUCUUCUCCAGGAUGAGGAGUCGGAGGAAUCUGAGCUAUACGAAUGGGAAGCGUUCAAACGACACUGGGAGACAGCUUUGGUUGACUGGUGUCGAUUCCAGGCUUCGUGGGGCUUUUGGGGAAAUACGGAGUGGCUUGAGGCCCGUGUAAGAUCAAUCUUGAAUGAUCAGGAGUGGAGAGACUGGCUGUAUCAGAAUAUCCGCAGUCGGAUAUAG